CCUCCUCCUGCUGCUGCUCCUCUUCCUCCUCCUCCUCGCAGACUCAGACCAUUCAACACCCUGGAUCCUCUCCCGUCCUCAGACCCGGACCCGCGUCCUUAACCCGGGAUUUAAACCUGGACUGCAGCCUGUGAGGGGCAGAUCAGGGUGCGAGGCGGGGGAGCUGGGGGAGCUUCUUGGACGUGGAUCCAGCGCGCGUGCGUCUGACCACGAGUUCGUGUUUGUUUAUAAAAUAACGCGAAACAAAAAACGUGUUUCCUUUUAAGAUGACGGAUCCGUUGUCUUUUUUCCGACUCCUUAUUAAAAGAUUCACGCGGAGACCCUGAACGCGGCACCGGCAGCGCGCGUACACCUCCGGUUUAUGUUUCAGUCUUUUGUACCUGCGCGCUCACCUGUGUGGACGCAUGUCUCAGAUCCAGCACGCGGCUCUGGACCAGCAGGGCCGGUACAACCAGAUCUGCACCCGUGGCGGCAGCUGCCCGCCCCCCGCAGACGGUUCCGAGCCGGCCCACUGCCCCGGCCACAGGAGCCGGAGUCCCCGCAAGAAGUGGCAGGUGUUCCCAGGCAGGAACAGGUUCUACUGCGACGGCAGGAUCAUGAUGGCCCGGCAGACCGGGGUCUUCUACCUGACCCUGGUCCUCAUCCUGCUCACCUGCGGCCUCUUCUUUACCUUUGACUGUCCUUUCCUGGCGUCCAACCUGACCCCGGCCAUCCCGGCGGUCGGCGGCGUUCUCUUCAUCUUCGUGAUGGGGAUGCUGUUCAGGGCAAGUUUCAGCGACCCCGGCAUUUUACCCCGAGCGACACCAGACGAGGCCGCCGACCUUGAGCGACAGAUUGACUCUGCAGGAUGCUCCAGGCCGCCUCCUCGGACCCGAGAGGUUCUCAUCAACGGGCAGGCGGUCAAGCUGAAAUACUGCUUCACCUGCAAGAUCUUCAGGCCGCCCCGAGCAUCGCACUGCAGCCUGUGCGACAACUGUGUGGAGCGCUUCGACCAUCACUGUCCGUGGGUGGGGAACUGCGUCGGGCGGAGGAAUUAUCGCUUUUUCUACCUGUUUAUCCUCUCCCUGUCCCUCCUCACUGUCUUCAUCUUCGCCUUCGUCAUCACACACGUCAUCCUCAGAUCGAACCAGACGGGUUUCCUGGGCGCGCUCAAAGACAGCCCAGCCAGCGUCCUGGAGGUGGUGGUGUGUUUCUUCUCCAUUUGGUCCAUUGUCGGCCUGUCAGGCUUCCACACCUACCUGAUCAGCUCCAACCAGACCACCAACGAGGACAUUAAAGGGUCCUGGUCCACCAAACGAGGGAAGGAUAACUACAACCCGUACAGCUACGGGAACAUCCUGACCAACUGCUGUGCUGCCCUCUGUGGACCUCUACCUCCCAGUCUGAUUGACAGGAGAGGUCUGAUCCAGUCCGGCACGCCGCAGACCGUCUCCCAGUCCAAUGGCACCAGCAACAGCAGCUAUGCCUCCACUCAGCUCCACAGCAACAUGGUAGGUGAAGGACGCCGUCAUACUGCCCGUUACUGAUGCG